AUGACAAAGCGACGCACAAACGUACAGAUGGGCAGAAAAGCCCAUCUCCACGCCAAAGUGGGGAGCAGACGAGACGUCGGGCGAACGGAGAGUGUGGCGGCCGUUUUCAGACGAGACGGACGGACGGACGGACGACACGUCAACUGGCCGAGUGUGAACGGCCCCAGUCAACAGCUGAAAAAGCCAUCACCGUCCUGCCCACUCCACAGGCAGUGCCUCGCCCUCCUCGUCUUCACAAGCUCCGCUCCCGCUCCUCUGCCUGCUUUCACACCCUGCCCCCACCCCAGUCCCACCCUCUGGCGGCCGACAAAUCGCCCACUUGACGCCCGCCACUGCCCACUCUUCAGUCUGGCGCCGGGCGCCACACGACCGGAAGACCAAACACACGCACAUUUUUCGCACACAACCAUCGCCUCACUGAUUAUGACCCAUUCAGAGCCCAGUCGUCCGAGGAGUCGGUCUCGUGUAUCGAGAAAUGGAAAUAAUAGUCUAAAAAAUCGCUAUGGGCGACGAUUUUUUGACGACAGCGAUUUCACUCGGUCGCAUGAACGUCUGCCCAUGCGCAGCAGAGCCGAUGCUAUCGCCGCAGCAACGCCCGGGCAAUCCCAUCUGCCUGAUUCUGCCAGCCCACCCGUUUCCAGGCCUGAUUUGUGGGAUUCUUGGUCACCGGUCGACUCAUUUCGUCUCCUCCCGCUCUUUCUGGCUGGUCUUUCGCUAACGGGCUGCAGGCGAGCGUCCCGCAGACGAGUCAUGACUCGCUGCCGCGAGUGUACCAGCGCGAAGGGGCUCCCCGCCUCUGGUCCACGAGACAAGCACAGGCGCCUCGAAGAGACACGUCUUUGCAACCCAGAAGCCCAGUUCUCCCGGUCAUGCCGCAAGGUCGACAAUCUGGCCUUUCGGCCACUCUCGUUGGCCGUCCACCACCCCUCUCGCCUCGUUUCAAUGCCCCAUCCUUGCGCCAACAACCACUCACCACCCGAGCCAGCCUCGUUUCGGUGCUCCUUUCAGCCUCGCUUGGAUGCCUCUGUCUCUUCUCUCCCCGUCUCCCCUGUCUUCUGCCCCCAGUCGCUGGGGCGUAGCUGGCCGGGCCAAGUCGUGGACUGGUCGUCCAGAGCGAACAAGAAGACUUGCCGUAUGGACGGCCCUGCCAUCAGGGCAGAAGGCGUGAAAGAGGUGCUACCCUUAAGGCAGCCAAACUGA